CAACACCGACAGACGGACGACGGAAAGAGGAGGCGUUUCUGUUGCAGUCUCGGUUACCGGCGUGAUUCUCCGUUUGUUUGGAUCUGGCGCAGGCAGGCGCUGGAGCUUGUGGCAGAUUUCAUUCUCUUCAAAGCUUUGCUCGCGCUCUCAAUCCCGAUCUCCAUUCCUGCACUCGUGCGUGCACCCUCGAGCAAGGGGAGGGGAGGGGAGGGGACGGGAUCUAGUUGCACACAUUCGACCGGACGAGCGACGGCGUCGACAAUCACCCGCAGGCCGUGCCAGCCAUGGGUUUCGAUGAUGAAGUCGCUCUGGUCACCGGCGGAAGGGGCUUCGCUGCUCGGCAUCUAGUGAACCAGCUGAUUCAGAAGACCGAGUAUCAUAUUCGGAUCAUGGAUCUGGCUCCUCAGAUGACCCUCUCGGAGGAGGAGCUCGAAGGAAUUCUCGGUCAAGCUUUUGCUGAUAAUCGAGUUGCAUACGUUUCUGCGGAUUUGACAAAUCGACAACAGGUUUUUGACGUUUGUAAGGGCGUCGAUGUGGUCUUUCACAUGGCGGCUCCUGAUUCGAGCAUUAACAAGUUUGAACUUCACUACGAGGUCACAGUCAAAGGAACUCGAAAUGUUGUUGAUGCAUGUAUUGAACAUGGAGUGAGGAAGCUGAUUUACACUAGUUCUCCUAGCGUGGUCUUUGAUGGUAAAACUCCAAUUGUGAACGCUGACGAGUCCCUGCCAAUUCCAGACAAGCACAAUGAUUUUUACUCCGAAGCAAAGGCCCAGGCUGAGGCGGUCGUGCUUAGCUCUAAUGGGAAGAAUGGGUUACUUACAUGUGCAAUCCGGCCUAGUGGAAUUUUCGGCCCUGGAGACAGAUUGAGUGUACCUAAAGCUGUUGAAGCCGCAAAAUCUGGCAAGUUAAAGUUCAUUAUCGGUGAUGGCAAAAAUAUGUUCGACUGGACAUACGUCGAGAAUGUCGCAAAUGCUCACAUUUGUGCGGAUAACUCGUUGAGGCCUGAGGAUGAGGGAGAAAUGGCUGCAGCUGGCAAGGCAUACUUUAUCACAAAUGGAGAACCGAUUAGGUUCUGGGAGUUCUUUGUCCUGGUCUUGGAAGGCCUUGGUUAUCCAAGUCCAAAAUAUUGCCUCCCGGUGAAACUGUUGAUGCCGUUUGCGUAUUUGGUUGACUGGGUCUGCAAACGUCUAGCACCUUUUGGAGUGCCCCCAUCUCAGUUUACCCCCACGCGCCUUCGAAUCAUGAGCACCCCUCGUACUUUUAAUAUCUCAAGAGCUAAGAAGCUUCUGGGAUACGACCCGCCUGUACCACUGCACGAGGGAAUCAAGCGAACCAUUGCGUCGUACCCGCACUUGAGAGCCGAGGUACAAGAAGCACCAAAAAUCAAAGAGAGGAGUGGCCCUUCAAAGACAAGGUUAAUGUUAGGCAGUGAAACAGUUGCAGAUGUCCUCCUUUGGACUGAUACCAGACAAACGUUGACCGUAUUAUCCGGCCUUUCAUUUCUCGCUUAUUUGUUCCUUGCAUCAGGCUACACGUUGAUAACUCUUUUGGCAAACUUUGCCUACAUGGGUCUCAUUGUUCUCUUUAUCUACAGCCGUCUUCCUGAAUCAUUGUUCGGAGUGACUGUUCCUAGAAUUCCACCACUCUCUGAGUUCCAAAUACCUGAAGAGAAGGCAGAGCGCGUGGCACUCGCUUUGGGGUCUAUUUGGAAUCAAGGUGCUGGUAUUGUUUCCACGCUACAAAAAGGGGAAAGCUGGUCUUUGUUUUUUAAGUCAUUGGUGGUCUUGCGCUUCAUGAAGUUUCUUGGAGGAUACUCGUUGCAAACCUUGAUAAUGCUGGCUUUACUUUCAGCUUUUACUGUUCCCUACUUUUACGAACAACAUGAUGACGAAGUCGACAAGUUUGUAGAGCACGCACGGGAAGCGUGCGGACAGUACAAAGGCUUGGUUCUUGCCAAGCUACCCGGUUCUGUUAAAAAGUAUCUCCACCACUGACUGAACGUGGUUUACAGUAUACGCGAUUUAAAGGGCUUUGAUCUGAUUGAGGGAUGCGGGGGAAAGAGGCUUUUCCCGAUAGUCAUCAAAAGGUGUACAAAUUGUUAUAGAGAAGAUUUCCAUUGUUCCUUCGGCAUUACCAAUUCAUAUGAACCACUUUCUUUCAUCAUGCCAGAUGAAUUCAAUCACUGGCCGAAAAUGAGACAUGCAUUCCGAUUUUGAUCCUUAGAGAGUUAUCAGAUUUUUACUCUAUUUCAUGAAUGUCAGUAGCCUUUUUCUCUACCAUUUUUAGCUGUAGCCUCAUCUGACAUGUCCUUGAUGAUGAUGUUCGUAAUAGUUCCUUGAGGAUUUAUCUAUUUCAGCGCGAUGCUAUAGUUUCUCACUCUUAUUCGUGCCAGAGCUGGUGCUCUCAAGGGGACAAUCAGUUAUGAUAUCGGAACUAUGGGUGAUUCGCUAUGUAGGUUCAAAUUUUCUAAUCGAAGCCUACUGGCAGUGCACCUCUGCACAAGCUGUGCAUUUUCGUUGGUUCUU